GGUGUGAUUUCCUCCCACUUCCAGUAAAGUUCCGACGAUGCCUCGUCUCACACCGCAGUUUCACCGUGUUGGAGUCCUCGGUGGCAUCGAUCCUGACCCUUCGAAUCUGAAUCCUGUGCACGUAGCAAAGGCGUGUCUCAUGAUCAUUAACUUCAUUCUGUAAUUUGACUACUCCGUUGGUUACAUCCUCCUAAUCGAUCUGAAGGACAUGACUGCUGGACACUUGAGCAAGCUGACGAUCCGCGACCUUCGGGCUCUGGAAUUGAUUACCAGGACAGCUUACGUUAAGAGGAUCAAAGCCUUACAUUUUCUAAACGCGCCGAAGAUACUGAACACAGUGCUGUCCAUAGUGAAACUAGCUCUUCCCGAGAAACUGCAGAAGAGGAUAAUGGUCCACGAACGAGGGUCACAGACAUUAUUCGAACAUUUACCUAAAUACGUGGUUCCCGACGAAAUGGGUGGUACUGCUGGUCCAGUGGCAGAUAUAAUGGACUCUGUCUAUGCUGAGUUGGUUAAGCACAGAGAAUGGUUUCUGGAAGAGGACAAAUACGUCGCGGACGAGAGCAAGAGACCUAAGGACAACGGCUACAGCUACGAACUGUUUGGUGUGGACGGAUCCUUCAAAAAGCUGCAAUUGGACUGACCACAUCAAAGGCAGAAAGCGUAGUACCACUAUGAUGUGCAUGUCGUAUCUUGUUUUCAAGCACUGAUGGGAUUUCUUCUCCACAUCAGAUGUGCGUUUUUCACUGUUGUAAUAACGAAGCUGAUGGUUCAAAAUUUCCGCUCAGGCAAUACAAAAUUGAAAUAUAGAACCACAAUGAAUCUACAACAGAAAAAGAGUUAUUGUGUUUAUUGAUGGGGAACUAGACUUAUUAAGUUGAAGGAUAAAUCUUUUGGGUGAUUAGGCGGCCCCAUGUUCCUCUUCAAACAGUUCCGUCAGAUCCGAGGAUAUCUCCUCGGUUAUUCGUCACACACAUUGUUUAUAUUUUCAAACAUGGGUUAAGUAGAACUUUCGUUGUGCAGUAGCCUGAUAUUCCAAUUACAACGUGGUUACAGACGGUUAAGGUAAUUGAAAUCGUUAUCAAUAGUUACCGAAGAGUGAAUUUAAUAAUUCUGACUUGCUGGAAACCUCACAGUCUCAUGUGAAAAAGCGGAUCACAGCGCGACUAGUAAUUCAAACAUCGCUAUACUGUUCUAAGUUAUACCAAAACCUUAGAUAAAUUUGGAAGCAAGAUAUUUUGGUAUUACCACACAAAAUAUUUAACAACACACAUCUUACGAAUUACUAAAUAUUUGUUACCUUACCAAAACGUCAAUUUCUCGCAGCUCACCACAAGCUGAUAUAGCCAAGAUGCAGCAAAUAUUUCAGAAUCCCACUUAACUGGCACUCAGUCGUAAAUCUACAAAGCUAUUUUUAAAAAGAAAACUCUUUUAUCAAAAAUAAUCUGGUACUGUAAUAUUGUAACCAGACUGAUUUACUAUAUAGUGAGAUCCUGAAACCGGUGUUUAAGAUUAGAUUUUAUAUUGUUCUCUUGUGUGUGUGUGUGUGUGUGUGUGUGUAUGCACGGUACUGAUAGCAAGACACCUCUGAAAAUACUGCCUCAACACCAAAAGAACUUUGUAAGAAGGGAAGAGACUGGGGGCGAACCCUAUAUAUAGAAACUUUGUUUAAAACCUGCAAUAUUAAAUAAUUGUAAUCCUAAAUGCCA